GCCGUUCGCAUUACCGGGUCAUGCUCCGGUUCGGUUCUGACAACAUUGUUAUAAAUAGAGCAUUUACUCCGGUGGGUGGGGGGAUCGGAUUUUUCGGAGACUAUCACUAAAAACAUCAAUUUCUCUCUCUGAUCUAACUUCUCUCAAUCCCCUUCUUUGGUGUCGUUACCCUCCCAACUGAUUAAGUGUUCGUACUGCUUAUUCUUCUCACCAAAUUUAUCCCUCCCCCCCCCCCCAAGUCUCCCUCCUACACUCAGUCAGACUCAAACAAUUGGCGCUCACCGUGGGGCCGAGUAGAGAAGCAGUAGAAAAUCAACCAAUGGCGGAACACACCCCCGACUCACCUGACGAGGUGACGCCCAUCAAGGCAAUGACGAACCCAAGGAUGUUCGCGGAAACCAGUAAUCUAAACGCGGUACUCAUUGAAGAAGAAGAAGAGCCCGAGCUAACAACCAAAGAAAUGAGGCAACAAAUGGCGAAGCAAAACGAAGUCAUAGCCAAUAUGCAAAAAAAGAUGAGCCAAGUUAUAGCACUCAUGAUGAGCAAGGAGGCCGUGCCAACAGCACAUAUGGAACCAACCGCGCCGAGACAGGCGGCAGGUGGAGCGCCAGAACCUGUCCCAGCACCAGAGCUUGUCACACUGCCACAAUAGAUGCUGGACGCAUCACCCGCACGUGAAGUGCAACAAGCGGAGCUGCGGGGCAGGGCGGACCUCAGCUUCUUGGAGCAACAUCUAUCUCCACAGUACCGCCCUCACCCACCCAGAAGAAUUCUCCAUCAACCAUUGAGCGUGGAAAUCAUGGCGGAACACCUAAGCGGAAUGUCGCCCGCCCUCCAACAUAUAACGGGACCACUUACCCGGAGGACCAUGUCAGUACAUUUUUCCUCAGGAUGCAACUCCAGACAAAUUCCAAUGCGGCGCUAUGCAGAACCUUUCCAUCAACAUUCUCCGGCAUAUACCUCGAUUAGUACAACAGACUUCCUAACGGGAUCAUCCGCUCAUUCGAAGAGUUCAUACUCUUGUUCACCACUAAGUUUGCGUCACAAAAAAGAAGACCACUCCACCUCAAGGCCUUGUUCGACAUUAGGCAAAAAGAUGGGGAAAGCUUACAGGCAUUCUACACCAGGUGGUCUAGGGUGGCAAUGGCCGUGCAGGACCUUACCCCCGAAACCGCCGCCCAUCACCUCAUGGACGCUACCACCAACAUGGAACUCAAGCGGGCAUUAGCAAAAAGGCCAGUCACACUUUUGACAGAACUAAAGGUCAAAAUCAAGAAGGCCGUCACGCUGGAGGAAACUUUGGGCGCGGGUUCUAUCAGGCGCUUCGAACCCUCAAAGCCGCCUAGAGAAGAUCAGGGGCGGAAGCAGCUCCCAUUGUCGCGGGAGCAGUUGGUACAGUCGCAUAGCGGGCCAAGACGACCACCCACCCCGCCAGACAAAUUGCGCGAAGGCGUUCACCAGACAGACGCCCACAAAAUGUCAUGCCCGCCUACACACCACUCAACGAUUCAGUAAAAAAUGUGUUUCACGUGCUCCGCGAGAAAGGAUACAAAAUCAACUGGCCCGCACCUGUCAAAGCUGCACCACACGUGGUAUCGAAGACGACCCGAAACAAAUCACUGCAGUCCAACAGCUGCGAGCGCCGAGGAGUGCAUUAGAGAUACAAUCUUUGAGCGGCAAGAUAGCGGCACUAGAAAGAUUCAUACCAUGGUCAGCUGACAAGUGCGCCCCUUUCUUUAAGACGCUUAAAAGCGGCCCGCGAUUCGCAUGGUCCAAAGAGUGUGAAGCGGCUUUUAAAAAAACUCAAGUCAUAUCUUAUAUUCCCCCCUGUAUUAACCGCCCUGUAAUGAAAAACUUUUUCUGUAUCUUGCCGUGUCGACAAGAGUUGUGAGCGCGGUACUAAUAUCCACGAGAGACGACCAGAUUGAGCGGCCCGUGUAUUACACGUCGCAAAAUCUUGUUAGCGCGGAAACAAGAUAAUCCCCAAUAGAGAGAGCCGCCCUCGCGCUGGUGAGCAUGUCGCAAAAAUUACGCCCCUAUUUCCAAGCACACCCAAUCACCGUCCUGACCAACCUUUCGCUGAAAAAGAUCCUGACCUCAAUAGAAGUGUCCGGGCGAAUGGUUAAAUGGGCGGUCGAGUUGUCAGAGUACGCCAUCUAAUACGCUCCAAGACCAGGAAUAAAAGCUUAGAUUCUAGCAGAUUUCAUCGCUGAAGGAGUCACUCUCGAUACAACACCAGAAGGAGUAUGAGAGGUUUACGUGGACGGCGUGACGAGCAAACAUGGAGCCGGAGCGGGUGUCGUCGUGUGCACCCCGACGAGCGUCGUCCAGGAAAUAGCAAUAUGAUUCAGAGCGUUGAAAACAAAUAACGCAGCCGAGUAUGAGGCCAUCUUGGCGGGAAUGACGGCCGCCAACGACUUGCGCACAAGAACGAUCAGGGUUCUAUCCGAUUCUUUGCUGGCAGUCAACCAAAAGAGGACACGCUCGCGCAUUACAUGGAGCGUGUAAACCAACGGGCAAGUACCUUUGAAGCGGUGACCUAUGUGCAAAUACCAAGGGAGGAAAACAUGCAUGCAGACACGAUAUCCAAGUUAGCAACCGCCACCGAUUUUGAAUCAACACGCCUAGUCUCG